AACGCAUGUUCGUCAUGAACGUUCUUCCCAGGCAUCCCGGUUCAGCACCAGACUCUUAUGUUUUCAGGCAUUCUGCUCUACGGGAGAGAAUGAAAAGGCUACACACAAUCAGGCCCUGUCAUCUCCUUGGAGAUUCAGGCUACCCUGAAGAGCCAUGGCUCACAACACCUUUUCAUGGGAAUGCUACUCCCAUCGAACGUAGUCCACAAGAGCACUACAACUACUGCCAUUGUUCUGACCGCAAUGUUGUGGAGAGAUCCAUUGGCCUAAUGAAAGAGCGUUGGAGAGUCAUCAAUAAUCAUCGAAUCCUACGUUACUUCCCUGACAGGGUGAGGCACUUAUGUGUUGCAGUUUGCAUUCUGCACAACAUUUGUAUCUUGGCGAACCACCACACUUACGUUCAAAACCAUGAAAGGAUGGUCAACAGAUUCUUUAAUCCUCGAGUGGUAAAUGUGCAGAAUGAGGCUGGUGUACACAGGGCAGGUGAGCUGGUUCGUGAGGCAAUUGUUGAACACUUACAGAGGAGGUAAACCCUUUUUGCUUGUUUGUUUUUGAUUCUUAGAAUAAGGCCAUACUGUAAAUACUUUUAUUCUAUUUCCUUUCUGUUGUUAUGUUGUCUAAUAUAUUCCAAUGUGAUACAUUUGAAUACUGUACUGUAAAUACUUACCUUGUGAUUAUAAUCCUGUGAUCUCUGUCAUAUUCAUUCUGUUAUUUCUUUGUUUUUAAAAUAACAGAAAUAUCACCAAAUGUUAGUGAGAUAGCUCUGCUUUAUCUGCUUUUACUAGCACAAUGAAUUUAAAUUUGCAACUGAUAUGAGAGUCAUAUUCUAUUCUUGUAACGUUAUUUAGUUCAAUUUUGUUUACCUUGUGAUUAAUAUGCUGUGAUUUUUGUCAUAUUCAUUCUGUUAUUUCCUUGUUUUUAACAUAACAGAUAUAUCACUUAAUUGGACUAUUGUUCAACGUUUAGAAAAGGACUGUUUGCCUAUUUGAAAUAUAGUACAUACAGUAGUAUAUUUUGUCUCAGCUAAUGCUGUGUUGGCUGCCACGGUUUUGUUAUUUAUUGGAUGUAUCAUUUAUCUUUCAUGGGAAUCAGCCAAUGAGAAGCGAUAUUGUAAAUACUGAUGAACUUUGUGUAAAGUAACAUGUGUACUGUAGCUAAUUAGGCAUUUAGAUGAACUGCUUUUACAUGCAUCUUGCAGCCACCAAAUGUGAGUGUGAUAGCUCUGCUUUAUCUGCCUUUACUAUAGCAUAAUGAGUUAAAAUAUACAACUGACAUGAGAGGCCAUAUUCUAUUUUUUAAUGUUAAGUAGUGCAAUUUUUUUUUUACCUUGUGAUUAAAAUGUUAUGAUUCCUGUUCUGUUCAUUCCGUUUAUUUCUUUGUUUUCAAUAAACAAAAAUAUCUCUUAAUUGGACUAUUGUUCAAUGUUUAGAAAGGGACUGCUUCCCUAGUUGAAAUAUAGUAUCAGUAUAUUUUGUCCCAGCUAAUGCAGUGUGGACUGCCAUGGUUUGCUAGUUAUUAGAUAUCUUUCAAAGGGAAUCAGCCAAUGAGAAGCCAUAUUGUAAAUACAUGUGUACUGUAGCUAAUGAGGCAUUUAGAUGAACUGCUUCUACAUGUAUCUUGCAGGAGUGAGAUGGCUCUGCUUUAUCUGAUUUU